AUGGCUUCAAAGUAUCCAUAUUCCCGGUCUUCUAGUUAUAUAGGACUUCUUAACAGUCAACACAAAACUGUUAACCAUGAAAACUACCCUUAUGGAAGUUUUCAUUCUAGUGUGAACCUUGGAGCAUCAGAAAUCUCCCCUUUCAGUUCCCAACAACCUGACGUGCCAGAUCAACCUAUAGUCACACCAGUGGAGCGUAGGGAGAGAAAGAAAUGGACGCCUGCUAUGGACGAGGUUCUGAUAAGUGGCUGGCUGAACACAUCUAAGGAUGUUGUUGUUGGAAACAAUCAAAAUGCACGGAUCUUCUGGGAACGUGUUGAGGCAUAUUGCAAAGCAAGUCCUCAUGGUAGAGCGGGUGGUGUGAUGACAGAGAAUCUCCAUUGUAAGCAGAGGUGGCACAAAAUAAAUGACUUGACGAACAAGUUCUGUGGUGCAUUUGCAACAGCAGAGAGACAAAUGACUUCUGGCUAG